UUUAAAACGGUCUAUAGUCUAUACGCAGGAGGUUUUUUAUUCUUUCUUGUCAAAGUCAAAUUGAAGUUUAGGCUCCUUUUGCGAUAUAUUAAUUUUUGUGAAGGACCAUAGAAACCACAAUCAGCACCAAAAUGCCAGAACUCACAGAAUUGGAUAAGGCCACAGCAUCCAUGACUGAGAAGAGGAAGGAGGAAACCGCGUCUUCAGACAGUGACUCUGAUGACACCAUCCCAGAAUUGGAGGAUGCAGGUGCACCCGGCGCUGGUGGUAUCACCAACCCCAUCGCUGGCAUUGACAUUGUAUCAAAGGCAAAGCAGUCUCGUGGUGAGAAGAAAGCCCGCAAAAUCAUGAGCAAGCUCGGACUUAAACCUGUACAAGGUGUGAACCGAGUGACAAUCAGGAAGUCAAAGAACAUCCUCUUUGUCAUCAACUCGCCAGACGUAUACAAGAACCCGCACUCGGACACGUACAUUGUGUUCGGCGAGGCCAAGAUUGAGGAUCUGUCGCAGCAAGCCACUAUGGCGGCGGCUGAAAGGUUCAAGGCACCGGAGAGCGCGGCGGCCGGUAAUGACACUACUACUGCUGGCACGACGGUAGCACCGAUCGCUGAAGAGGAAGACGAGGAAGGUGUGGACGAGACGGGCGUAGACGAAAAGGACGUGGAGAUUGUGAUGUCCCAAGCGAACGUGUCUCGAGCGAGAGCGGUGCGGGCGCUGCGGAACAACCAGUCGGAUAUCGUAAACGCUAUAAUGGAGCUGACAAUGUAAAGGAGUGCCGGAUAGUCACAAGCGUUAUUUUAUAUGUUCCUAGCUUUAAGUCUCAUAAUAAUAACCAAAUAAGGAUAAUAUUAUCAUCCUUAAUCUCGAUGUCUAUUAUCAACAGAAUUGUCUCUGGUCAUUCAAUAUCUAUGGCGCCACCCAGUUUAGGCUUUAUGCCUCGUUUAGAAAGGUAACGGAAAUGUACAUAGCAUACAUUGAAAUAAAUUAAAAUUAACAACUGUA